GGUAGAGGGGCGGGUCUGUGGGCAUGCGCAGGAGCGUGGGAUUCUUGGAGACCUGUGAGAAACCGAAGAAAGUACAGCCCGGAAGGGCUAGGACUUCCGUGAAAGAGCAGGACUUUCGGAGUCUGCAGACCCUGCAGUGUCUGCUGACUCUAAGCCAAGUACAAGGAGUGUGCACACCACUCACUGAAUGUGCAUACACGGUGCAGGACAUCAGGAACCUAUAUGACAGUCUUCUCUGAGUGCACGUGUUGGGGGGUGAGGAAGCGCCCUAGGCCCAGCCGUGACGAGAUUGUGGAGAGGUGGCCUGGGAGGGACAUGAUCAUCCCCACCCUUCCGCAGAUGGCAUCGUCCAGCCGUGACGCCCCUUGUUCCUGCGACUGCUUUGUCUCUGUUCCCCCGGCUUCAGCCAUCCCAGCCGUGAUCUUUGCAAAGAACUCGGAUAGACCUCGAGAUGAGGUGCAGGAGGUGGUGUUUGUACCCGCAAGCACUCACACCCCUGGGAGCCGGCUCCAGUGCACCUACAUCGAAGUGGACCAGGUGUUGAAGACACAUGCUGUGAUCCUGAGCCGCCCUUCUUGGCUGUGGGGGGCUGAGAUGGGUGCCAACGAGCAUGGUGUCUGUAUUGGCAAUGAAGCUGUGUGGACCAAGGAGCCUGUUGGGGAGGGGGAAGCCCUGCUGGGCAUGGACUUACUCAGGCUGGCUUUGGAACGGAGCAGCACUGCCCAGGAGGCCGUGCAUGUGAUUACAGGCUUGUUGGAGCGUUAUGGGCAGGGGGGCAGCUGCCGGGAAGAUCCUGUGCCAUUCUGCUACCAUAACACCUUCUUACUGGCUGACCGGAUAGAAGCGUGGGUGCUGGAGACAGCUGGGAGGCUGUGGGCUGCUCAGAGGAUCCAGGGGGGUGCCCGAAAUAUCUCCAACCAGCUGAGCAUUGGCACAGACAUAUCCACCGAACACCCAGAGCUCCGGAGCCACGCCCAGGCCCAAGGCUGGUGGUCUGGGCAGGGCACCUUUGAUUUUGCCAAGGUCUUCUCCCUGACCCAGCAGCCUGUGCGCAUGGAGGCUGCCAAGGCCCGCUUCCAAUCUGGGCAUGAGCUGCUGCAGCAGUGGCAAGGGAACAUCACAGCAGAGGUGAUGAUGGGCAUCCUCAGGAACAAGGAGAGUGGCAUCUGUAUGGACUCCGGAGGCUUCCGCACCACGGCCAGUAUGGUAUCAGUUCUUCCCCAGGAUCCCCUGAAACCCUGCGUUCACUUCCUCACGGCUACACCAGACCCAUCCAGGUCAGUGUUCAAACCUUUCAUCUUUGGGGUGGGGAUGGCCCAGGCCCCCCAGGUACUGUCCCCAACUUUUGGAGCCCGGGAUCCUGUUCGGAUCCUCCCCCGAUUCCAGACUCAGGUGGAUCGUCGACACUCACUCUACCAUGGACACCAGGCGGCCCUGGGGCUGAUGGAGAAUGAGCAGGAGCAGGGGCAACAGCUCCAGCAAAAGCAACAGGACCUGGAGCGGGAAGGCCUGGAGGCUGUACGCAGGCUGCUGGAGGGUGAGCGGACCCCACCUCCCCAGGAGCUAGGCAGCCUCUUCCUGGCCUUUGUGGAGAGGGAGCACCAGGCCUAUGCCUAAGCACAGAGUAUCUCCUGGCCCACUGGGUGCAGAAGCCCUGAAGCCAGCUUCCCUGAGCUGGGGUUGGGUGGUCAGAACAAUCCCUUCACACUGCUCAUCCUGGUUCUGAGUGGUUGGUACAGCCUUUGGCUUAAUAAAUGUGUUUUAGGGU